AGCACCAUUCGAACAGCUGUCUUGUGGCUGCUGCGGCGUGCCAUUCAUAUUUUUGUAUAAACGAAUUUGUUUUAAUAAAUUUAAGAUAAUUUUAACUAUGCAGUGCACACGGGCAGUGGCAAGGUUGGCCACCGGCAUAUCCAGAAUCCACUUGGUUGCUCAGCAGACUGCAGCUCUUUCGCUCGUGUAUGCGCAGCCCUGUCGCCUGUGCUCAUCCGCGCGAGUCGUGGACAGUGCCGGGGACAAAGCAAAGCCAGCGACGACACCGGAGACACCAGCAGACGAUGGAAUUCUGAAGCGAGUGCUGAACAAAGUGGGCUUCACACCCAACACAAAGGCGCGUCUCAAGGUCACCAGCCAUCUGCUGUACGAGAGCGUGGCGGAUAAGAUCAAUUAUGUGGCAUUUUUUCGUGACUUCAGUCUGCCCAACACGUUCAACUCGUGGUUCCUGGUCACAGAGCUGCACGUCUGGCUGCUGCUGAUGCGCUCCAUGGCCGAGGGCUCGGAAACAGGCGAGGAUGGACGCUUUCUGCGCAACUGCAUCGUGGAGGCCAUGUGGGGCGAUGUCAACACCCGUGCCAAGAAGUUAGGGGCACACAAUCCCUCACGCACAAGGCAACAGAUUGAGACGCUGUCGGAGCAAUUUCAAGCCGCGCUCAUUGCCUACGACGAGGGCAUCAUGUCCGACGAUCGCGUGCUGGCCGGCGCAUUGUGGCGACGCUUCUUCGAGAUGAACUGCGACGACUAUGCGCACAUCGAGCGACUCGUUAAAUACGUGCGCCAGCAGGCCGUCAUGCUGGACAGUCUGCCCCGCGAUCAGUUCAUCACAAAGCCCAAGGUGGCCUGGCUGGACCUCGACAAGUGCAAGGUGUAAUUUAAGUGUUUCUUCUGUUAUAUUUUUGCUUAUAAACUAAAUAACCAAAUCA